AUGCUAAGUGCUUCAACAGGCCCCGCUUGGACUCGACAUCUGGGGUCACUGGGACUUGCUUGGACUCUAAUUCUCAAGCUUGUCAAUGCUGAGUGUGCUGCUGGAUCUUCAACGCUCACUACCGCGGGUUGUUCAGCUUGCGAAGAGCACGUAAUGUGUCGAGGCUUUAGCUUGGCUAGCGACUGCAUCGGUCCCAAUUGCAAGACGGAUGGAAAUUGCACCUUCGACUGUCUGAGCGCUGACGAUAAUUCGACCACUAUAGUUGUGCUGGUGGAGUUUGGAGACUAUCGGAGUGCACAAGAAGUGGCAGCAGGGAACUACAGUGACGCGGACUUAAGCGGUUACCCGGAUGACACGAAUGAGUGGCCUUCAGUGUCGAACGACCAAGUGGAUACUCUCGGAUCAAUCGACCUGUCUUCACAAGUUACAACACUUACUGUAUCAGGCGGAACUGCUGCGUCAAAGUACCCUAAAGGCAAGGUCUCCAGAAUAUCGUUGACCUCAAACUUUAUUUAUCUACAGACGGAGGUGACGAAGGUGGCGCUUCAAAAUCUUGACCUGGGAACACAAAUUAACUUGCUACCAGAUUAUCUACCCUCAUCGGUACAGACGCUCGACCUCAGCAAUACACUACUACAAGCGUUCCCAACGGAAUUAGGCAAUAUGGCCUCACUCCAGCGAUUGAUGCUGGAUAACAAUUAUUUAUCAACUCUACACUCAAACAAUGUUAUUGAUUCCAUCACCACCCUGUACGAGGUGAUUCCAGACUCUGUUGUAUAA